CAUGAAGUCACUGUCAAAUUUGCAUAGCAGUCGACCGUGCUUUAUUUGCAUACGACAUCACGGCUAUUUGGCUAGUCAAUCACAUAGGCCACGCCCACUUCCGCGCAGUCCGACAGGGAGGAGUUAUUACAAUAGUAUUAUGCCGCAGUAUUUACCGUUCACAACAGUAGGGGUGUUGAGUUUUGCGUUUUAGUAUGGUAAAGCUCAGUUUCAUUUCUAAAUUUUAGACUAAAUUACGUCACUAUGUCUACUUUGUUGAUCUAGCGAACUACCACAUUCUGGCUGUGGGUUUAAUUCAGCCCUUCAAGUUAUGAUCGGCUUUCCCAACAAACGUGAUUUCAUUGUCACAUGAUGUAAACAUGGCUGCAAUGGACUGAUUUCAAGUACCACAGUUUUGCUUUUUUGUUUUUAUUUUUGUUUAUUUUUUUGGGGGGAGAUUUGUGCAUCCUCUGGACUGAGACUAUUUCCAUCAUGAAUGCAAUAGUUGGUCUUUGUCACUUCUGUGAACUCCAUGGACCUCGCACUUUGUUCUGCACAGAGGCACUGCAUGCCCCACUCCCACAGGGAGCCGGGCUUGGAGAUGGCUUAGGACAGGGAGAACAAGCGGAAGAUGAGGAAGGUGGAAUCCAGAUGACCAGCAGAAUCCGCUCCCAUAGUCCAAUAGAUGGAACUGUUGAUUCUAGUAGCCCCGGACCAAAAAAGUCUGAUAUGUGUGAGGGUUGCCGUUCUCUUGAAUCUGGUCAUCCGGGGUACAUUAGCGUUGAUAAGGAGACCUCCAUCAAAUAUGUCAGUCACCAGCACCCAAAUCAUCCACAACUUUUCAGUAUUGUUCGACAGGCCUGUGUUCGUAGCCUUAGCUGUGAGGUAUGCCCAGGACGAGAAGGGCCAAUCUUUUUUGGAGAUGAGCAGCAUGGCUUUGUAUUCAGCCACACAUUUUUUAUUAAAGACAGCUUGGCACGUGGGUUUCAACGCUGGUACAGCAUUAUUGUUAUAAUGAUGGAUCGCAUCUAUCUCAUCAAUUCCUGGCCAUUUUUGCUAGGCAAGAUUCGUGGAAUAAUAGAUGAGCUCCAAGGAAAAGCAUUGAAGGUGUUUGAGUCAGAGCAGUUUGGAUGCCCUCAGCGUGCACAGCGCAUGAGUACAGCCUUCACACCUUAUCUGCAUCAGAGAAAUGGAAAUGCCGCUCGUUCCCUAACCUCUCUAACAAAUGACGAGAACCUUUGGGCAUGUCUGCAUACUUCCUUUGCAUGGUUGUUGAAAGCCUGUGGCAGCCGUUUAACAGAAAAACUAUUAGAAGGAGCACCAACAGAGGAUACCCUGGUACAAAUGGAGAAGCUUGCUGAGCUGGAAGAGGAGUCUGAGGCCUGGGAUGGUUCUAGUGAAGAAGAUGUGAAAUGUAAUACCAAGAAUGACCUGGUGGAAGGGAACAAACUUUCAAAAUGUUCAACUGAUGCCUCCCUGCUGUCUGAGUGUAGUUGGAAUGAAGCCCCUACAAGAUCUGCAGUAUUCCGUUCCCUAAGGCAUAUGAGACAGGUCUUGGGUGCCUCAGCAUUCCAUGUACUGGCUUGGCAUGUACUUAUGGGAAAUCAGGUGAUCUGGAGAGGGCAUGACCAGGAUCUUAUUCAGUCUGCUUUUGACGUUCUAAAGGCCAUGCUGCCUGUGGGGUGUGUACGGAUCAUCCCAUACAGUGACCAGUAUGAGGAGGCCUAUCGCUGUAACUUCUUGGGGCUGAGUCCUGCUGUACAAAUUCCACCACAUAUAGCAUCUUCAGAGUUCUAUGUUUUAGUGGAUGUUCGUGCAGCAACCCGAUCAAACCUGUAUCCAGUUCUGUUUGUGGAUGAUGGACCACUGAGCAAGUAUGAAUUUGUAGUUACAAGUGGAAGUCCUGUUGCAGUAGAUCGAGUAGGUCCCACCAUUUUGAGUAAAAUUGAAGCGGCCCUCACAAAUGAGAACCUUUCUGUUGAGGUUGUGGAUCAGUGCCUGAUAUGCCUCAAAGAAGAAUGGAUGAAUAAAGUGAAAGUACUUUUCAAAUUCACUAAAGUUGACAGCCGACCAAAGGAGGACACUCAGAAGCUGCUGAGUAUCCUUGGUGCUGCAGAGGAAGACAAUGUCAAACUACUAAAGUUCUGGAUGACUGGACUCAGUAAGACAUACAAAUCACAUUUGAUGUCAACAGUUCGCAGCCCUGUCUCAUCUGAAUCUCGAAAUUGACAGUUAACUCAAAUCCAAAGAUAAAUGAACUAUGAGGCAUACAGCUUAUAACAGAAUUUUGGCUUGCAUAGUGUCCUUUGUGGAUUAAUGACCCUAUGUAUCACACCUGGAGUUUAAGCUCAUGCCUUCAGAUUGACCUCCGAACUGAAGAAUGUUACUUAAAAGAUCAUGUUAAUUUUUAUUUAACUUGUUUAUGAAUAUACUAACAGCCACUGAACCGAAAAAUAGCCUUGUGAAACCUAGCAUAUUGAUCGGAAUGAAGGAACUAACUGGGAUUUUAAUAUGGAUUCUUUUCUCAGUAUCAGAGAUAUCCGAGUGUAGUUAACAUUUUCUGUUUAAUAGUUUUUGAAGUGUGAAAAUUCCUGCUUUUUUCAGCAGUGUUAUUCUUUAAUACUUGCUGUAAAUUUCUAAGGAACAGUUGCGUCUUUGUGGCUAAUAAAUGUGUACAGUAUCCAAAAACUAAAUUUGUGAAAAAAAUAAAAUAUAUAUAUAUAUAUGAAUGAUGGUGUUAAUAUCUAUGCUAUAAAAAAUGCAAUGCAAGACUCUGUUUACUAUCACAUAAUUACAUUAUUUAAUAUUUGUCAGUUUCUUUGUAGCUAAUAUGAAUGUUAGUACUGUAAAUAGUAUAUAUUUUUGUCAUUGUCCAGGAAUUCUGUCUGAUUUAGUUUCCAAAGCCUAAACUGUGUAACAGCUUACAAGACUACAGACAUAUGUCUGCUGUCUUUAUACUUUUAGCUUCUUGGUAGAUUGUAAAGAACUUGUUCUGUUACAUUACAUCUCAUUACAUUACAUCUCCUAACAGAAUGGUCCAUGGGGAACACUUUUAGUCUGAAAAAAGGAGGCUAGAGUCUGGUACUUACUUAUGUAUCAUGAAGGGGUCCUGUUGGAAGCAAGAAUUUUAAGAAUGUGGAAAUUAUUACAUUUUUGUAUAAUUUUUGCCCAUGCUGUGCCACAUGGUGAUGCAUUUAGAUUGCCUUGCACUCUCACAAGCAGAUGUUUCUUAUGUUUUUCAUGUUUCCCUGUUGCAGGCCUGACUUGUGGGAUUUCCUGCCUUGGAAGCCCUUGGCCAUCCUGACUACCAGAGAAUUAUUUUGCUCUCCUCCUGAAGCCAGCAGACACCCUAUCUGAUGUCACUAUGUUUCAGUAUAAAGGGAGUUGGCCGGCACCAUGACCUCCGUUCUUUCUUGCUGUUGUAGCCUGAAGCAGAGUGUUAGUCAGUGCGUUGGUUGGUCGGUCCUCAACUGAGAAAGAAGACGUCUAAUGAAUGCUAAGUACCCUGUUGGGGAACUUUUCGUGUGCUUUUUGACUGAUGUCAGAAAAAGUUAAUAACAGUCUCCACUGUGGAGGACUUUCAUUCUUUUUGUGCGACUUUGGGUCCUGAACAUGAUAUUCCUAACUCUUGGUUUUGUGCUUGCUUUAAUAGCAAAACUAUCAAGUGCAGAGCUGAGAUUCUAGCUAAACAUUUCAGUAAGUCAUCAGGGCAUUCGAGUACCAUGUUGUCUGCCAGUUGAGAUGAAGUAAAUCUCCCUCGAUGGAAAAGGUAAAAGCACUUCAGAUUUAGGGCCUCAGACGACACUCAUUCACCAUCAGCCAAUCCUCCUAGGCUUGUGAUUGUCGAAGAAGGUGAGACACCUUUGCAGACCCUUUGACAACUGAGUUAGAGACACAGACCUCUAUCGAGGCCCAUUUGGAGUCCAGUACGCCUCUGGGUUCCUCUACUUCCUUACAAGCUGAAGGACUUGGCUUGUUGGUUGGGUCCAGGACCACUUUGUGGGCUCCGGGUUCCAAUGACCACUCUAAAACUGAUGACGGCUCUUCACAUAGUCAGGUGAUCACCUCAGCCUACCACUUGCUGGAGUCAGUUGUUCGUCCAGGUACUAGUGCAGAGGUCAGCCUCAGACAAAAACCUAAGGCCUUUCACAAAAAAAAAAAGCUACACUCACCUUACCUCAGCCUAGGCCUAACAGCUCCCACUCUCAGGCCUACCAACAAGACCCUCCCUCUGAAGCAUCCCCUGGUAAAAGAAAGAGGGAUAUCCCACCACAGGAGUUUUCUGACUCUUUUGACUUGGAGGAUGGACUUGAUCAUAAUGAAUCCACCUUUAAGGAGGGUGCAUCUAUUGCUUCCUAUGAGGAUUCUUAUUCUGAGGAGAGCCUUCCCUCAGCCAUUCCCCUGAAGAUAUUUCCUUUGAGGAAAUAUUGCAUACCCUGAGGGAGCACUUCAAAUGGGAAACUCAGGACUACUGCCAGUCCAAGAAGAGGAUUAGGGAAUUCCUAAAUCUUCCUGAGCAAAACCCUUUGCCAUUCUUCCAGUCUUAGAGGUGGUGGACAAUGUCUUCCUGGAUUCCUCUUCACAACCAGACUGUUUCCCCCCACCUCCACCCCCCAGCCCCUUGAAAACCUGAUAGAUUCCCACAAACACUUUUUUAAGAACCCUGUGAAAGGUCUUGAUGUGGUGACUCAGUGCUUUAAGGGAGCAAAAUCUAGCUCUUCAAAAAAUCUUUUACCAACAGACAAGACAGUUUUGGAAAUAAGGUCUACACCUCUGCUACCGUUGUCAUGAGUGCUUUGAGCUGGAAGUUUCAUAUGGUGAAGUACAAGGAAACUGUUUUUGACCAGAAGAAACAAAAACUGAUGGGGACUGAAAAUAAGGACAUAUCAAAGGAAUUAAUGGAUUUAUGUAACUCCUCCUCUCAGGUGGCUAAGCACUCACUGGACUGCGGCUGUGAUGCCUUGGAAGGCUCCAGCAGGGCAGCAGCCACAGUAUCCAUCAUUAGAAGAUAUGCCUGGCUGAGGGAGCAGACCUUUCCUGAACAUGUGUCAGAUCCAGUCUCCUGGAUGCCCUUUAGACAAAGGCUUUCUUUCUGGUCCUAAGGCUGAGGCUGUCCUUAAGAAAAUGGAGGAUAGUGCAAAGUCCAUGCAAACCGUCAAGGACUUCCUUCUAGUCUAACCUCCUCAUUUAAGCCAGAAUUACCCUACCCAACAUUGGUGGGCUGGAAAGGAGACCUUGCAGAGAAAAGAGUCAAAGACAGCACCAGCAGCUUAGACAGUGGCAAACAUACCCCAAUAGGCGUGUGGGAUCCUGUUCUAAGGGACCUUGCAGGAGGCAACCAUGACUAUUACAUGGCACUCCCUUCCCCCAUCCCCUACCUCUCUUCCUCACUCUCACUCUAGGCUGAGGGGGAGACUUUCCUUGUUCCUCAAGAAUUACUAGGGACCUAUGGGUUCUAAAUAUCCUUCAAAGAGGUUAUAAACUCAUGUUCAAUCAACCCUUGCUUCCUUCAGGCUUCACAGAUAUUUCUCCAAACCAAAAGGCAGAGGCCUUAACCCAAAUAGAGCUUCUGUGCCCUCAAGGCUCUGUGGAACCUGUACCGAACUCUUUACAAGGAAAAUGUUUUUAAUCCAGACUUUUCCUAGUCCCUGUAAAUGAAGGUAACUGGAGGCCAAUUCUAGACCUGUCAAGGCACAACUGAUUCUUACUAGUUUCAAAAUUCAACAUGCUUUCUCUACAAACACUACUGGCCAUGAUUUUCCCACCAAUGCCUUCAAUGGUAAGCUUAGAUCCUAAAGAUGCAUACCCCAACAUCUCUUUAGAGGAAUCACACAGGAGGUUCUUACACUUCAGAACAGGUAUGAGGCAUACUCAGUUCUGUGCUUUGCCCUUUUGCUUGUCUACUGCACUCAGAGAUUUGACAAAAAUGCCUAGCCCUGGUGAUGGCCUUCUGCAGGACAAAGGGAAUUCAGAUUUACCUUUACUUAGAUGAUUGUCUCAUUCAGGUAACAAGCUUAGAAAAACUCAAAGCAGGCCUGGUUUAUACCCAAAACUUACUGACCUCAGUGGGAUUCACCAUCAAUGCCCAAAAAUCCCAAACAAACCUGACAAACAGGAUUGUGAUUCAGGGAGCUUUUUCUUGACUCUGUUCUUCAGAAGGCUUUCCUCCUACCAAAAAGGCUACCUUCCCAACUCUCUACUUCGAAAAGUUCUUGGUCACGAAAUACCUCACAGCCAGAGAGUAUCUCAGGGCCCUGAGAUACAUGGCCUGUAGCAUUCUCAUGAUUCAUUUGGCCAGACUACAUAUACGAAAACUGCAGUGGUAUCUCAAAAAUGUGUGUUGCCAACAUUCUCAAUCUCUCACCUUCAUAAUAAAAUGGCUUCCUUGCCUCAGGAAAGAGUUUGCCUGGUGGGUCCAAGCAUGCUCCCUCAGUCUGGGCCUUCCCUUCAGGUUCAUUCCUCAGGACCAAACUCUGACCACUGAUGCAUCAGAAAUAGCCUGGGGAGCCCACUACAAUAAAAUGUGGGAAUUGUUCCCAAUGUAGCUAUAUAAUGCAGGAGGAUUUUUUUAUUGUUAGAAGUACAGUACUUAAGAUCCAAGUGCAUUAUAUAUGUUACACUAAACAAGUGGUGUACAUGGCAAAAUGUAAGUUAUGUCCAGCCUUUUAUAUAGGUAAGACUUCUAGGAGAUUUAAGGACAGAGUUUAUGAACACCUGACCAAAAUAAAAAAAAAACAAAAAGAAUAGUAAUGCUUUGUACAGACGUAUUAAUAUAUUUGAAAAUCAUGUGUUUUUUUUUUGGUGUUGAGCACAUACAGAAUGAUAUGCAAGGGAGGAGAAUAAAAGAACAUUUAGACCUAGCCGAAUCAAAAUGGCAACUGAAAUUAAAUACAGCCAAUACUCCAGGGUUAAAUAAUGCUUCUACGAUUAGUUCAGUUUUAAAAUUAAAGUAUUAUAAUGGUUUUUAAUGGGAAGGUUUUUGAAUGUCAAUUGGAUUUAAUUGAUUGUAAUUGAUGACUAUCACAUGACCUUUACUGUGUUUUUAAGUGAAUGGAAUUGUGUUAAGAGUUUGUUUUGAGGGAGUUCCAUUAAAUAGGAAUGAAAACAUUUAACAUUUUAAUAAACGAUACUGCUUGCGUUAA